GCGGUCCGCGGGCGAGGCCCUCGCUGCAGCCGCUGCCUCCGUGUGUCCGUACGGCGCCUCCGGGGGAGCGGCGGGCCCCGGGGUUGCAGGAAUCGGGGGCAGCCCGGGCCGGAGGGCCAGGCCCGAUCACGCGGGCGGCCCGGCCUGCACCCGCGUCCGCAAGCGGUGGUUUCGUGGCUGGGGCCUCGGCGUGGCGCAGGCCCGACUGGAGACUGCGCCCCGCAGGGUAGAGAGCCCGCGGAGGGCGUUGGACGGUGGGCGAUGCCCCUCGCCGCGGUGUGGCCAGGGUGCCAGCCAGUUACGAGAGUGCAGCUGUCACUCGGCCGCACGCUUCCUGUCGCCAUGACGCGCACCUUCCCUCUCCGGGCUCAGGCGGGAUGGGAAGUGACCCCACUGUGCGGGUUGACUCUGGAAACAUUGAGGCUGCGUGCAAGUCCGCACGGCUGCGAGGGCCGGCGGGCGGCGGUGUGGGGGUGGGGGCUGGUGAGUACACGCUGGGGCCGAGCGCCAUCUGCAGCCUUCACGGGGCUGGGGCCGCAUCAGCCGCCGCCCACCGUCAGGGCCCACCCCAACCCCCACAGCGUGUGUCCUCAGGCCGCCUGCUGCUUUCGGAAAGAAGAAACAUGGAAAGUGGUGCAGUUCUGCUAGAAUCCAAAUCCUCACCGUUUAACCUUCUGCAUGAAAUGCACCAACUGCGUCUUCUUGGUCACCUGUGUGACGUGACUGUCAGUGUGGAGUACCAGGGAGUCCGUGAAGAAUUCAUGGCCCAUAAGGCAGUCCUGGCAGCCACCAGCAAGUUUUUCAAGGAGAUGUUCCUUAAUGAGGAGACUGUGGAUGGUACGAGGACUAACGUCUACUUGAAUGAAGUGCAAGUUGUUGACUUUGCUUCAUUUCUCGAGUUUGUGUAUACCGCAAAGGUCCAGGUGGAAGAAGACCGGGUGCAGCGAAUGCUGGAAAUGGCUGAAAAACUAAAAUGUUUGGACUUAUCGGAAACGUGUUUUCAGUUAAAGAAACAGAUGUUGGAGUCAGUACUUUUGGAGUUGCAGAAUUUCUCUGAGUCUCAGGAGGCAGAAGGGAGCAGUAGCUCCCAAGUCACCAUUGCUCCUAUUGCCAGAGCAGGUGCUGUGGACAGGCCUCUGGCCAAUGGCCUUGCGGACUCCUUAGAUCCCCUGAUGGAGAGAAUCAGCAAUGGCAUAUUGCCAGAUACGCCCCCCAGGAAGUCCAAGGAGAAACCAGACAAGAAAAAAGAUGUAGUCAAGCCACCCUACCCCAAAAUCAGAAGAGCUAGUGGAAGGCUGGCUGGAAGAAAGGUAUUUGUGGAGAUCCCUAAGAAGAAAUACACAAGAAGACUCCGAGAACAGCAGAAAAGUGCCGAGGAUGAUGUGGUGGACCACUGGGGUCCCCAGGAGCCCAGCCUGGAGCCUGCAGGCACAGAGAUGGAGCCGACCACGAAAAGUGAGGAUGGCAGCACUGGGACAGAGCUGGAGGAGGUUCUGCAGAAAGCAGUGCCUGGGGAGGAUGAGGAGGCAGAGGAGAGGAAGAGCAACUUCAAGUGCACUGUCUGUGAGAAAGCCUUUCUGUAUGAGAAGAGCUUCCUAAAGCACAUCAGGCACCACCACGGGGUGGUCACUGAGGUGGUUCACCGCUGCGACACCUGUGGCCAGACCUUCGCCAACCGCUGCAACCUUAAGAGCCACCAGCGCCACGUGCAUAGCAGCGAGCGCCACUUCCCAUGUGAACUGUGUGGGAAGAAGUUCAAGAGGAAGAAGGAUGUGAAGCGGCACGUGGUGCAGGUCCACGAAGGGGGCAGCGAGCGGCACCAGUGCCAGCAGUGCGGCAAGGGCCUGAGCUCCAAGACAGCUUUGCGCCUGCAUGAGCGUACACACACAGGUCACCGGCCCUACAGCUGCACUGAGUGCCAGGCCCGCUUCUCACAGCCCUCAGCUCUGAAGACCCACAUGAGAAUUCAUACAGGGGAAAAACCUUUUGUCUGUGAUGAAUGUGGUGCAAGAUUCACUCAGAACCACAUGCUGAUUUAUCAUAAAAGGUGUCACACAGGUGAAAGACCUUUUAUGUGUGAAACAUGUGGCAAGAGUUUUGCUUCUAAGGAGUAUCUAAAACACCACAAUAGAAUCCAUACUGGAUCCAAACCUUUUAAAUGUGAAAUUUGUUUCAGGACUUUUGCCCAGCGGAAUUCACUUUAUCAGCAUAUUAAAGUCCAUACAGGGGAGCGUCCCUACUGUUGUGACCAGUGUGGUAAGCAGUUCACCCAGCUCAACGCGCUCCAGCGCCACCAUCGGAUCCACACAGGAGAGAAGCCAUUCAUGUGCAACGCGUGCGGACGAACGUUCACGGACAAAUCCACUCUCCGGCGGCACACCUCAAUACAUGAUAAGAAUACUCCAUGGAAGUCUUUCCUUGUUAUUGUAGAUGGCUCACCCAAGAAUGAUGAAGGGCAUAAGACUGAACAGCCUGAUGAAGAAUAUGCAUCAUCCAAACUUUCAGAUAAAUUGCUGUCUUUUGCAGAAAGUGGCCAUUUUCACAGCCUGGCCACAGUCCAAGGCAGCAUACCUGCCAUGCACGAGAACAGUUCUACAGACACAGUCCGUAAGUCAGAUACCUCUGUGGUGUCCCAGGACACGCUGCUGGCCACUGCUAUCAGCGAGCUGAGUGAGCUGACCCCACAGGCUGACUCCAUGUCCCCGCAGCUUCACUCCUUGACCAACAUGGAGUAAGAGCUUGAAGUUACCUGCCAAGCAAGCCCCUCUGUUUUCAUGUGUGACAGCUGUGUGAGAAUGUUAGGGGCUAAGAGGAAGUUGUCUCUGGGCAACAAAAUGGGCAAGAAUGGCUUCUGAGAAUUUUCCUCAAUUUCUGCUAACUUGCACAUUUCUUUCAAAGCAUUCUUAAAGCCUUUCCUCAGAAAUCCUGAUCUGCAUGGUCUCGGCUACAUUUUACCAAUAAGCAGUUAACGUAACCUCACUGAAUUUUGGUGUAGGCUGUAUAUGUUGUGUUCAUCAUUCUAAUGCUUGAUUACCUUUUUUAGACUGGACAACUGCUUAGCUUAACUGUAGAAGACAGAACACUGACCCAGCUCAUGAAGUCACUGUUAACAGUCUCCUUGGUCUCUCAGCCAUCUUAGGCUUCUGCUGUGUGGUUUUAGUUCUCUGAUACUUUGAAGCUAUUUUUCUAUUGAGCUAAAAUAAAGCUGAGACCAUGUGUUGUCAGCCAUUUUCCUGUCAAAUUGAGGCAAAUCAGAUUUGCUCAGGGAACCCUCCCAAGGUUCAGAAAGAAAUGGAAUUAUUGAAUUCUCCUCCAUCCCAAUUAUAGGCACUAAAACAGGAAUGACAAAUUUACCAUUUUGUAAAAUACCUUCCUAUAUAAUCUCUAUUCACAGUGCAUAUAGGCAGCUAGCAAAUUUGUCCUAACUUCUGAAAUAAAAUGUGGCUGUUAAGUUUCAUUUCUAAAAUCCGAUUAGGUAAAAAGCUGGUCUACCAAAGAUUCUAGCUGUAAAGAGCAUAGUUUUUACAGAGGUGUGAAAAAUUAAGAGGCUUUAGAACACUUGAAACAUCAUGUCAUUUUAUUCAUAAGUAACAGUGAGGUAGGUAAUGUGGCAAUAUUAGAACACAGAUUAUUAGUAUUUUUGCUAGACUUUUUUAAAUCCUGUAAUUUUCAGAAACCCAGAAUUUCUCAUUUCACAUCAAGAUGUGAAACAAGUAACUGACUCAUACUAAUUUCUUGGCGUAGCACAUGGGGAUAUAGCAGAAGGGACCAAGAGCCAUGGCAUACUUUUAUCUUUGAUUAUGCUCAAGAGGGGACUGAAGAACCAGCAGCCUGCUCUAACUGCUCCUUGGGCUGCCUUGUGCUCAAAAUGAAUUUGCAAUGAAAAGAUAAUCCCGCUGUGUUUGCCAAGCCUGAUUCUUGGCUUCUAUGGCUUGGGUAUGUUGCACCAUGCAAAGUGCUUUGACUCAUGUGUGACCCUAAACCCAUUAAUUUACAAAGAGAAACCUGAGGAAUUUUUGUUCACUAGUUGUUAAUUUAUUAAACUUGCUGUGAAACACUUCCAUUUUCCUAGAGAAAGGUAGGUACUUUAUCUGUAACUUACAGGAUGAAGACAUAUGCCAGAAACUUUUAAGAGGGAGGCUCUCUUCCUACCACUGAUUUUGUUCUAACUGGUAACAUGUUAAAAGUAAAUGCUAAAGCCCCUAUGUGGUUUUUAGGUGCUGCUAACAUGUUUCACACUUGUAACUGAAGAAAGCAGUACUGAAUUACUUUAAAUUUAGUUGUGACAACAGAUCCUAGUUGUGUUUACAAAGAACAAAAUAGAGACUUCACACAACCACUUUAUUAUUGAUGACAGAAUGAACCUGCCCAGCUGAUGUACUGUUUCAAAGAAUAAAGUCAUUUUAAUAAGAAGGAAUUGAAAUAGAUUAUUUUGUUACCUAUUCGAAGAUUUAUGUCUUGAAUUUCUUUUGAAAUUCUACAAAAAACUGUUUAAUGUGUUAAUAAAUGUUUGCUAGUAAAAAUA